AUGGAAAUGACAGAGGAUGUGGUGAUAGUCGGCGCAGGCAUUGCAGGGUUGGCAACGGCAGUGGCUUUGAAAAGAGUUGGGGUUCGAGCUUUGGUGUUAGAGAGAUCACAAGGACUAAGGUCCACCGGUGCAGCCAUAUCCCUAUUUCCGAAUGCUUGGCUUGCCCUUGAUGCUCUUGGUGUUUCUCACAAGCUCACCCGCAUUUACGAUCCUUUAUUCAAGGCAUAUGUAACCAAUGCAAGUACUGGAGAUGUUCAGCAAGUCCUCUUCCCUGCAGGACAUGAACCUCGGGCAGUUCACCGUAAAGCGUUGUUAGAGGCACUGGCAGAGGAAUUGCCAGCUGACUCAAUUCGGUUCUCCUCCAAGCUAGCUGCCAUUGAAAGUCAAGAAAAAGGAGGUGGUGCUUCCAUUGCUGUAGUGCAUUUGGAAGAUGGGACUAUAAUCAAGUCUAAGGUUCUGAUAGGCUGCGAUGGGCUGCACUCAAUAGUAGCGCAUUGGUUAGGACUGGCAGAACCAGUCCAUUCAGGGCGAUCAGCGGUGCGCGGUUUGGCAAUUUUUCCUCAAGGCUACGGGUUUAAGCAAGAAGCUCAGCAGUUUGUGGAUGAGGGCAAAAGGGCUGGUUUUGUUCCUCUAAAUGAUAGGGAAUUUUACUGGUUUUUAACCUGCAAAGAGGAAAACAUGACAAGAGAUCCAGAGCAAAUACAAAGACAAGUACUUGAGAAGCAUACAGAGAGUUUUCCCUCGGUAUACCUAGACGUGGUUCGACAUGCGGAUCUUUCGACAAUAACAUGGGCACCAUUGAUGUUUAGGCAUCCAUGUGGCAUCAUAUUUGGGAAUCUUAACAAGGGAAAUAUCACAGUAGCGGGUGAUGCUAUGCACCCCAUGACACCUGACCUUGGACAAGGUGGUGGUUUAGCACUAGAAGAUGCUGUGGUAUUGGGCAGGCACAUCGGCAAUUCGGUCAUAAAAAAUGGAGGACUGGUUGUUCCAGGAGACAUGGCCAAAGCCAUAAAUGAUUAUGUCAAGGAAAGGAGGUGGCGUGCUGCUGGGCUGGUCAUAGGGUCGUAUUUAUCAGGGUGGGUGCAGCAAGGCGGAUCAAAAUGGUGGGUGAAGUUCUUGAGGGAUAGAGUAUUUUACAAGUACGUUUUUGGUUGGGUUGGUAGACUUGUGCAUUAUGAUUGUGGAGAACUUCCUGCUGUGUCCUCUGGCAAGGAGGACUAAAUUUCAACUUUGGCAGUGCAUUAUGACUCUGGAGAACUUCCUGCUGUGUCCAUAUUAUUUAUUUAUCACAACAGAAAUUAUGUGACUAUGGUUUUUUGUUUUUUUUAUGGUUUCUUCCUUCAAGGAAUCUUUUUAAAUGAUGUUGCUAGGUGUAUUCAAUCUAGGAGAGCAGAUUAGAUGAUUAAGGGUUCUCAAUAUUUAUCGGCACAAAGACCACACCUGAGAACGAAUUUGUAAAGUUGGGAUAACUUGGCAUGGAUGGAAGCAUUGUGGGUU